GUAAACCGAAACCAAAAAGAAUAAACAUAUGUACUGGUAAAGAAUUAAGAAAGAUGUGUGCCCCGCCAGUAUGUUUUAAGGAAGUAGAAGUGAAAAAGAGAUUUGGACUUCUAAAAUUCCUAGGUUUUGGAAUGAAAUCUGCAGUAGCUGCAGCACUGGUUUAUAUUUCGUACGACAUGGGUAUAUGGGGCACCACAGAUGAAACCCAGGAAAUGUACAAUACCGCUUGUGCGAUGUUCAAGGGUCCUCGGCCGAAAAAAAAUACCAAAUGGGACCCACCAUCCUGCGAAGCCGAGAGCGAUUUAUUUCAUCAAUCAAGCUACGACCCGUACGGACACUGCGACUUGCCGCCAUUCAGAGCUGAGGAUAUUUCGUUGAAGUUUCAAAGGCUUUGGAACGGAGCUAUUUCAAACAUAUUUUCUGGAAUAGCCCAUUUUCCGAAAAACGUAAUAGAUAAAUUGGGAGCAGGAUCAUCAUCCGCUAAAGGCGCGGCGGAAGAUGAAACGAAGAAGAGCCCGGUUUGUGUAUCUUACAACAGCUUAGAUCCAGAAGAGAAAGAAAAGGUUAUGCCUAAAUACAAAUGAAUUAAACAUAAAAUUUAUAUCAACGCUAUUAAUUAUUUUUCUGUCAAUUCAGUGCUGAGGAUUUAA